CUCCUCCCGGUACAAAAGGAGGCGCAGGAAGCGCGCCGAAGGCGGCCGUCGGAGCAGGUGCAGGAAGGGGCCGCGCGCGGUGCGUCAGCCGUCCGUCCGUCCGUCCGUCCAUCCAUCCAUCCAGCCAGCCAGCCAGCCAGCCAGCCAGCCGUCCUUCCCUCGCUGCAUCCCGCGCUCCCGGUGCAUGGGGUAGGGGCUCGCUCCCACCGGCAGCAACAGCAGCUCCCAGCGCAGUUGGAGCCCCUCACCGGCCAGUUGUCAACAGAUCUGCAGUGACCGGAGAGGUGAACAGCCGCAGUCUGUCUCCACAACAACAGAAACAGAAACAGAAAGAACUUCAGUGCCUUACGCUGAACAAGUCUGCUGCUGGCGGAUUUUCGUCCAAGGGAGAGGCGGCCUGUGUUUUUUAUCGGAGCUUUUUCGCAGGCUGGCUGCUGCCCUGGGAAAACGUCCGGCUGAGAACCAGCCAUGGGCAAGCACAACAGCAAGCUGGCUCCCGAGAUGCUGGACGACCUGGUGAGGAACACGGAAUUCAACGAGCAGGAGCUGAAGCAGUGGUACAAAGGCUUCCUGAAGGACUGCCCCACGGGGAUCCUCAACCUGGAUGAAUUCCAGCAGCUCUACAUCAAGUUUUUCCCUUACGGAGACGCGUCCAAGUUCGCGCAACAUGCUUUCCGCACCUUUGACAAGAACGGCGACGGCACCAUUGACUUCCGGGAGUUUAUCUGCGCCCUCUCCGUGACGUCCAGGGGAAGCUUUGAGCAGAAGUUGAACUGGGCCUUUGAGAUGUAUGACCUGGACGGAGACGGCAAGAUCACCCGCUUGGAAAUGCUGGAGAUCAUUGAGGCAAUCUACAAGAUGGUGGGGACGGUGAUCAUGAUGCGGAUGAACCAGGACGGCCUGACCCCCCAGCAGCGCGUGGACAAGAUCUUCACCAAGAUGGACAAGGACAAAGAUGACCAGAUCAGUCUGGAUGAGUUCAAGGAGGCUGCCAAGAGUGACCCCUCCAUUGUGCUCCUCUUGCAGUGUGACAUGCAGAAAUAGUGGGGCUGCGGGGGUGGGGUGGGGGUGGGGGUGGCACAGCCCACCCUCUCCCUGGGUCAGGCCAUUCUCCUUGUACCCGCAGACUUCCCUUUCUGGGGCAAGACGAGCUGUUUCACAUGGCUUUCUUGACCCAGGCA